AUGGAGCUGCCUUCAAUCAAUAGCACCACAAGUAUAUCCGACAACCAGGAGUUGAGGAACUACUAUGACAAGUUGCUAUUUAAGAACAAUAGUGGCAAGUCACUCGCAGACUUACCGGGAAAGUUGGCAGGCCUUAACGACAAUAGCACCGCUGCACACCCGCGUUCUAGAGUUGAUUUUAUCAACGGCUACAUCGGCUUCAGAGAGGAUAAGCAAUCUCUUCUGGGGCAGGAGAACACUAAAAGAGCCUCAUUUAGCGCCUUCGCAGACGACGGUAGGAAACAGAACACGAAGGGUACGAGUAAUAAGGGGCCCAAUCUGUCUCUUUUCUCAUUUGAGGUCAACGGCGUUCCGACUCAGGAGAGGGAAACAUACAAACAAGACUACUUAAAUGUGAUGAACACUUCGCCUAACAAUAUUCUUUCUUCCCUAAACAACAGCUCUGAAAAAUACUAUACACAGCAGCAGCAGAAGAGCUUUUUUGAUCCUGGGAGAAGAUCUUCCUAUAUCUCCGAUACGCUUAUUCAUGGCAACGCAGCCACUCAGCAGCCGCAGUAUUUGCAACCUGUAUAUACCAACAACAACUCAUCAUUGCAAAUGCCGUACACUGCCCCCUCCGAGUACACUCAACACCAACAGUAUCCGUCACCCUUCAAUGCGAGACGCAACACCCAGCCAGUGGUCAAUUUGCAUCCGCCACCUGCCGCCGCGAACGAUACAGGAUUGGUGGUAGUUGACGGCAAGAACUUGACGUCAUCUAGGGAACUCCAUGACUUGUAUCUUAAUUGCGGGUCCAAUUAUUUUGCUAGUGAUAAAGUUUAUAAGUUUAUUGACAGUGUAAAGGAGACUUUGCGCGGUGACGGUUUCUCCGCCUCCAGUUCCAGGAUCAUAGAGUUCUUGAAUUUUCUGAAGAAUUGUAAUCUGAAUUAUAACCCACAGUCAGACGCAUUUAUCUCCAACGAUGCUUCCAAUACUUCGGCCGGAGCGGCCAAGUCUAGCAACAGCACUUCAAUGCAUUUGCAUUAUAAACCUUUAGUGUUAGUAUCACUGAAAAACGGUAAGCUCGAACUGUUAUCUAAACCGCAAACAGCCACGCUUGUACUCAAAAGGGGAGAUUUAGUAAUUAUUGAUGGUGAUCGUGGUAAGGAUUUAGUGUUGGUGGUGGAACCAGUCGUAGAUAUAAAUCUGGCAUUAUUCAUUAAUUUUUUGAAAAAGAAAAUUCAUUUCGAUUCAUUAAUCACAAACAGUCAGCAACACUUCCCCAAUAACCAGUUCAUAAAGACCCUGAUCGACACGACAAAUGGUAAACCAAUCCUUCGUGAAUUGAAUCCCAAAUUAUAUGACAUUAUUGAGCUUACGCAAUUAAUUAUCCCAUCAAAGCAGGUCUUGAGAUUCGCUACCCCGUGGGAAUCUUCCACGAAUUUACACAACAAGUUCCAAGAUGAGCUGAAAGCUCUUCAUAUUGCGCAACUGAAACUAAGAUCGCUGAAUAACAACAAUUCGGGUGGCGGGCUGAACAUUAAAAUAUUGAACGCAGAGUUCCAAUUCGAUAGAAAGAAGCUAACUUUCUAUUAUAUUUGCCAGGAGCGUAAUGAUUUUAGAGAAUUAAUCAAAGAACUGUUUAAAUUCUACAAGACAAGAAUCUGGCUUUGUGCUAUACCGAACAAUCUAGCGAUCGAUUCUAAAUUUUACGACUCUAACAAGUUCGAGUGGGAAAUGUAUCAGGAUAUGAUGUCUCACUAUUCCAUGGACAACACUGGGAUUGUGGUCGCACCUGAACUGAAUCGCUUGAAACUAGAUGAUUUCCAAAUCGGCGUUUAUAUGGAAUUGGUAAAGGCUCUGUUUGGUUAG